AGCCCCAGCAUCUCCUUCGUUAUUACCCUUAGGCCUCUCCAGACGUCCGAUACCUCCCUCCCCUUGCGCUGUCAGGGCGGAGCCGGACUGGACUACAUUUCCCAAGAGACUUCGCGGCCAGGCGAGACUUUCGGCGGCUCUGCAGAUCUCUGCCGACUACAUUUCCCAGCAGCUUUGCGGCAUCCCGGAGAGUGAAGACUACACUUCCCACGAGCCCUUCGCGGCGGGACAACAGCCCUUCUCUGGCGUCUUGGAGCCAGGGAGUCUCCGCCUCUGACUCCCGGAGGCCUUUGCGGGUGGCAAGAGAGACUACCCUUCCCAGAGGCUUCUGCGGCGCCGCCGCCGGAAGUGGCGGGCCAGCCGAGUGUCCUUGCGCGCGGAGUGGAGUGACCAUGGUGGCCCGCGUGUGGUCGCUAAUGAGGUUUCUUAUCAAGGGCAGUGUGGCAGGAGGCGCAGUCUACUUGGUGUAUGACCAGGACCUACUGGGGCCCAGCGACAAGAGCCAGGCGGCCCUUCGGAAGGCUGAAGAGGUGGUCCCCCCAGCCAUGUACCAGUUCAGCCAGUACGUGUGCAAGCAGACGGGCCUGCAGAUACCCCAGCUCCCACCCCCUCCGAAGCUUAACUUUUCCUUCCGCGACUCCUGGAAUUCAGGUAUCAUCACGGUGAUGUCAGCACUGUCAGUGGCUCCCUCCAAGGCCUGCCAUUACUCCAGGAAGGGCUGGGACUACAUCAAGGAGCGCGCCAAGGAGCAUUCCAAGUAGUGCUUCGGAUGCAGCCCCUGCUCUAGCCAGGAUGGGGGCAGGGACACCAUGGACCUGAAGACUCCAGUCUGGGACCCCUCUGAGGGCAGCUCACGGCCUUAUGGGCCCAAUAAAGGACUUCUGAAGUGUUCCCAA